GCGGGUGGCCCCGGCCCCGUCCCGGGCUCCGGCCCCGGCCCGCCCCCGUCCCGCCCGCCCGUCCCCAUGGCAGCGGCGGGGCCGGGCCGGGCGAUGGCUGCGGCCGCGCUGCGCUUCGGCCGGGCCUCGCCGCGGCCCCCGCUGGUCGUGAUCCUGGGAGCUACCGGCACCGGCAAGUCGGCGCUGGCGCUGCAGCUGGGGCAGCGGCUCGGCGGAGAGAUCAUCAGCGCCGACUCCAUGCAGGUGUACAAGGGUUUGGACAUCAUCACCAACAAGGUUUCUCCCCAGGAGCAGCGUCUGUGCAGGCACCACAUGAUCAGCUUCGUGGAUCCCCUUGUCUCCAACUACACCGUGGUGGAUUUCAGAGACAAGGCUGUGGCUCUGAUUGAAGAUAUCUUUGCCCGAGACAAGAUCCCAAUUGUUGUGGGAGGAACCAACUACUACAUCGAGUCCUUGCUCUGGAAGGUCCUCAUCAACACCAAGGAGAAAGCCACCACGGCCCCUGGGCCAGGCAGGGACAGGAAGGUGGAGCUGGAGCAGCUGGACGGUGUGGAGCUCCAUCGCCGCCUCAGCCAGGUGGACCCAGAGAUGGCAGCCAGGCUGCACCCUCACGACAGGCGCAAGCUGGCCAGGAGCCUCCAAGUGUUUGAAGAGACUGGGAUCCCUCACAGUGAAAUCUUGCACCAGCAGCAGGCAGAGGAAGGUGGGGGGCCCUUAGGUGGGCCCCUGAAGUACCCACAUUGCUGCAUCUUGUGGCUGCAUGCAGAGCAGGCAGCCCUGGACCGGUGCCUGGAGCGGCGGGUGGACGAGAUGGUGGCCGCGGGGCUGCUGCGGGAGCUGCAGGACUUCCACCGCCGCUACAACCAGCAGAAGGUGGCCGAGGAGCGGCAGGAUUACCAGCAUGGCAUCUUCCAGUCCAUUGGCUUCAAGGAGUUCCAUGAGUACCUUGUCACUGAGGGGAACUGCUCACCUGAGACCAGUGCCCUGCUGCUGCAGAAAGGGAUCCAGGCCCUCAAGCAGGUGACCAAGAGGUACGCUCGGAGGCAGAACAAAUGGGUCCGGAACCGCUUCCUGAAGCGACCUGGGCCCAACGUGCCCCCAGUGUAUGGCCUGGAGGUGUCUGACCCCUCAAGGUGGGAGGAGGAUGUGCUGAAACCUGCUCUGGAGAUUGUGGAGAGCUUCAUCCAGGGCCGCGAGCCCCCGGCGCAGCCUGUGCGGAUGGAGCAGGAGCCCGAGGAGGACAAACGGAGGCCUCACCUCUGUGAGCUCUGCAGCAGGCUCAUCAUUGGGGACAGGGAGUGGGCAGCUCACACACGCUCCAGGUCCCACCUGCACCAUCUGAAGAAGAGGAGGAAGCUGGAGGCCACCAGCCUUGCUGCAGAGACUCAGGGGGAGGAGGUGGAGACCUCUGGGGAGGACAGCAGCUUGCCUUUGCCCCAGGCUUGCAGAGCAGCUGGCCAAGGGGAGCAGCCAGGCUGCCACCUGCACAGCCAGGGAGCCACUUAGUCCUGGGUGGCCUUGAGCUGAGCCAGCUGAGGCACUCUCUUAUUCUGGGGGGGUGUCUUAAGUGAUGACCAAAGGCUGUGAGCUGCAUCAGAUCCUCUUCAUGUGGCCUCAUCAUGCAGUGUUCCCAUGGUGCCCCAGCCCUGCCUGGAAAGGGCUGGGCCCCAGGGCAAGGCUGCUGGGAGCCUCCUCCCAUGCCAGGCCUUCCUUCCUGCCAGGGGCAUGCAGCAUUAGCCUUGGAAUGGUUGAGCCAAUCCUGCUGGCAUGGGAACCUGUCCUUGUCAGAAGACAGAACCCACCCUGUGCUCCUCCAGCUGGGCCAGGAGUGCAGCUCCAGAGCUGGGGGGGCUCUCCCUGCCUCCAUGAGGGAGAGGAUCUGUUUUAUUUUCCCUUUUGUAUGGAAAUAAAGUUGGAAGAUGUCUGUGGCUU